AAAUUCUAAAAUAUUUUGUUUUUAAAAAGAGAGCAUUCUUCCCCAUAAACCCUAUCAAAUGACAUAAACCCUAAUUUAUUCCAACCUCUCUUUCCAACAGCCUCCAUAGCCAAAUUCAAAAGAAAAACCCCUAUUUAAUCUCCUAAAAUGGGUCGUAGAAAGAACAACAACAACAAUCACACCUCAAUGAGCCAAGGCACCAGGACCCGCUUUGACGACGCCGACGAAGAGUUGACAUCAACUCUUCAAAAGUCAACUUUAGCCGGCGACGACAACGCCGUUCCGAUGGACGAAGUUGAAUCCAUGGCAGAACCUAGUACUAUCGAUAGAGCUGAUGACAAGACUAGCGCCGAUUAUUACUUCGAUUCCUACUCUCAUUUCGGUAUUCAUGAAGAAAUGCUUAAGGAUGUGGUGAGAACUAAAACAUAUCAAAAUGUUAUUUACCAGAAUAGGUUUUUAUUUAAGGAUAAAGUUGUACUUGAUGUUGGUGCUGGUACCGGAAUUUUAUCACUAUUUUGUGCCAAAGCUGGGGCAGCUCAUGUUUAUGCAAUUGAGUGCUCUUCUAUGGCUGAUAUGGCAAAACAGAUUGUUGAGUCGAAUGGGUUUUCCGACGUGGUAACUGUUUUGAAGGGAAAGGUUGAAGAGCUUGAGCUUCCAGUUCCAAAAGUUGAUAUCAUCAUUUCAGAGUGGAUGGGAUAUUUCCUUCUAUACGAGAACAUGUUAGACACAGUCCUGUAUGCUCGAGAUAAAUGGCUGGUCAAUGAUGGAAUUCUUCUACCAGAUAAAGCCUCCCUGUAUGUAACAGCCAUUGAAGAUGCAGAAUACAAAGAAGAUAAGAUUGAGUUUUGGAAUAGUGUCUACGGCUUUGACAUGAGCUGCAUCAAGAAGCAAGCCAUGAUGGAACCUCUUGUUGACACAGUUGAUCAGAAUCAAAUUGUUACGAAGUCCCAACUACUGAAGACAAUGGAUAUCUCUAAGAUGACUUCCGGGGAUGCUUCCUUUACAGCUCCUUUUAAGCUUGUGGCAGAACGAGAUGAUUACAUCCAUGCUUUGGUAGCCUACUUUGACGUAUCAUUUACCAAAUGCCACAAGUUGAUGGGAUUCUCUACAGGUCCAAGAUCAAGGGGUACACACUGGAAACAAACUGUGCUCUACUUAGAAGAUGUGAUAACCAUAUGUGAGGGGGAAGCCUUAACUGGGAGCAUGACCGUAGCUCCAAACAAAAAGAAUCCCCGUGACAUCGAUAUAAUGGUCAAAUAUGAAAUGAGUGGCCGGCGCUGUGUGGUCUCAAGAACUCAGCAUUAUAAGAUGCGGUGAGGAGCCUCUCCAUGACCUCAAAAACUGCAAAAAUUGGUGGCACCAUCAGACCAUUAUCUUUCACUUGCUUCCAUUUCAAAACUAUUGUACUCUUAUUCUCCCUGUUUAAGAAUUGAGAGAGGUGUGGGGUUGGUCUCCUUAUUAUGUGUAUGUUGGCUGCAAAAGCCUAGUCCCAUUUGAGAAAGUUAAACAUGAUUGAAAAUGUAUCAUUCAAAUUUUGAUAA